CCCCAGUUUACAUGUAUUAAAGCUACUCUACUGAAAGCUAGAAUGAAACAGUUGCCUGCAGCAACAGUGCGCCUCCUUUCAAGUUCUCAAAUAAUCACUUCAGUGGUCAGUGUGGUAAAAGAGCUCAUUGAAAACUCCUUGGAUGCAGGUGCCACAAGCAUAGAUGUUAAACUGGAGAACUAUGGAUUUGAUAAAAUUGAGGUACGAGACAAUGGUGAGGGUAUCAAGGCUAUUGAUGCACCUGUAAUGGCAGUGAAAUACUAUACUUCAAAAAUAAAUAGUCAUGAAGAUCUUGAAAAUUUGACAACUUAUGGUUUUCGUGGAGAAGCCUUGGGAUCAAUUUGUUGUGUAUCUGAGGUUUUAAUUACUACAAGGACAGCUUCUGAUAAUUUUAGCACCCAGUAUGUUUUAGAUGGCAGCGGCCACAUAAUUUCUCAAAAACCUUCACAUCUUGGUCAAGGUACAACUGUAACUGCUUUAAGAUUGUUUAAGAAUCUCCCUGUAAGAAAGCAGUUCUACUCAACUGCUAAAAAAUGUAAAGAUGAAAUUAAAAAGGUCCAGGAUCUCCUCAUAAGCUAUGGUUUACUUAAGCCUGACUUACGGAUUGUUUUUAUACAUAACAAGGCAGUUAUUUGGCAGAAAAAUAGAGUAUCUGAUCAUAAGAUGGCUCUCAUGUCUGUUCUGGGGACUGGCGUUAUGGGCAAUAUGGAAUCCUUUCAGUACCACUCUGAAGAAUCUCAGAUUUAUCUAAGUGGGUUUCUUCCAAAGCAUGAUGCAGACCACUCUUUAACAAGUCUUUCAACCCCAGAAAGGAGUUUUAUCUUUAUAAACCAACGACCAAUACAUCAAAAAGACAUAUUAAAGUUAAUCCGACAUCAUUACAAUCUGAAGUGCCUAAAGGAACCAACUCGUUUGUAUCCCAUUUUCUUUCUGAAAAUUGACGUUCCUACAGCUGAUGUGGACGUAAAUUUAACACCAGAUAAAAGUCAAGUAUUAUUACAGAAUAAGGAAUCUGUUUUAACUGCUCUUGAAAAUCUGAUGACGACUUGUUAUGGAUCACUACCUAGUACAGAUUCUUACGAAAAUAAUAAAACAGAUGUUUCCUCAGCUGACAUGGUUGUUAGUAAUACAACAGAAACAGAUGUGCUUUUUAAUAAGAUGGAAUCAUCUGGAAAUAAUUAUCCAAAUGUUGAUACUUCAGCCAUUCCUUUCCAAAAUGAUGUGCAUAAUGAUAAAUCUGGGAAAAGCACUAAUUAUUGUUUAAAUCAUCAGAUACAUGUUGAUGACCAUUAUGAUGAUCAUUUUAAUAGUGAAAAUUCUAACAUUGGUAGAAACAGUAGAAAUACAUUUCAAGAGAUCCCAGUGAAUAAUUUAUCUUGUGAGGAUGUCCGGAAGGAAUGUAGUGAGACUUGUUUUGUAGGUUCCGUUAAGCAUACCCAAUCAGAAAAUGGCAGUAAAAACAAUAGCGCUGGGAGUGGGAAAAAUGAGGAAGCAGCAGUUCCUGAGAAGUCUUUGGAAAUCUGUGCAGAUGACUGGAGCAAGGGAAAUACACUUAAAAAUUCAAUGGGAGAAAACAUUGAACCUGUGAAAAUUUUAGUGCCUCGAGAAAGUUCAGCAUGUGAACUCAAUAAUAAAGCUUAUCCAAGCCCUGAACAAAAGAAUCUCAGUGAAGAUUCCUGUAACAAAAAAUCAAAUGUGGUAGAUAACAAAUCUGGACAGCUUACAGCAUAUGAUUUAAUUAGCAAUCGGGUAAUCAGAAAACCCAUGUCAGCAAGCGCCCUUUUUAUUCAAGAUCGUCGUGCUCAGUUUCUCACAGAAAAUUCUAAGACCAAUUUGGAGGAUACAGCAGUACAAAUUGAAGAACUGUGGAAGACAUUGAGUGAAGAGGAGAAACUGAAAUACGAAGAGAAAGCUACUAAAGAUUUGGAACGAUACAAUAAGCAAAUCAAGAGAGCCAUUGAACAGGAAUCACAAACAUCAUUUAAGGAUGGCAGAAAAAAGAUGAAGCCCACCAGUGCAUGGAAUUUGGCACAGAAGCACAAACUGAAAACUUCAUUAUCUAAUCAGCCAAAACUUGAUGAGCUCUUUCAGUCCCAAAUUGAAAAAAAGAACCAAAACAUUAAAAUAGUUCAGAUCCCCUUUUCUAUGGAAAACUUAAAAAAAAAUUUUGAGAAACAUAAAUUUGACUUAGAAGAGAAGGAGGAACUUUGCUUGCUCCACAAUCUCAAGUUUCCUGAUGCGUGGCUAAUUACAUCCAAAACAGAGGUAAUGCUAUUAAAUCCUUACAGAGUGGAAGAAGCCCUGCUAUUUAAAAGACUUAUUGAAAAUCAUAAACUUCCUGCAGAGCCACUGGAAAAGCCAAUUAUAUUAACAGAGAGUCUUUUUAAUGGAUCUCAUUAUUUAGAGAUUUUAUGUAAAAUGACCACAGAUGAUCAGAGAUACAGUGGAUCAGCUUACCUGUCCGAUCCUCGUCUUACAGCAAAUGGUUUCAAGAUAAAAUGGAUACCAGGCAUUUCCAUUGCUGAAGACUACUUGGAAAUAGAAGAAAUGGCUAAUUGUCUCCCAUUCUAUGGAGUGAUGGACUUAAAAGAAAUUCUUAAUGCUAUAUUAAACAAAAAUGCAAAGGAAGUUUAUGAAUGUAGACCUCGCAAAGUGAUAAGCUACUUAGAGGGAGAAGCAGUGCGUCUAUCUAGACAGUUGCCCAUGUAUUUAUCCAAAGAGGACGUCCAAGACAUUAUCUACAGAAUGAAGGACCAAUUUGGAAAUGAAAUUAAAGGGUGUGUUCAUGGUCGCCCAUUUUUUCAUCAUUUAACCCAUAUUCCAGAAGAUACCUGAUUAAAUAUGUUUAAGAAAAUUUGUUACUAUUAAAAUUGUUUUGGUAAUAAAAUAAUAGGAGUCAGUCUUUAAAC